AUGAGACUUGAAAUUGAUGUUGCGCGUGACAAGGCAUCAGAAAAAGCUGAUAAAGCACGUGAAAGAGUGGCUGAAAUUAACGCCAAAAUUCAGGAAGUGUAUGAGCAAGUUGUGGGGCCAUUCCAGAAAGAGCUUGAUGAAGUACAGGCAAAGAAAGAAUCUGCAUCGAAAGGAGCAACGAAAGAGCAAAGCGCACUCAAUAAUGCUCAGAGAAAUAUGAACAAAGCGUUAAGCAGGAAAAACGAUCUCGAGAUGGAUCAUCGUGAAACCGAAGAGGCUAUUAAAAGAAUAGAAGAAGCGGAAGAUUGCCAGGAGGAAGACAGUAAUCGUUUGACGAAGGAGUUAAUUCAGCAAGAGAAAUCAAUGAAAGAAGCCGAGGGUAAAGUGAAGGAAGCUUUAAGCAAGAACUCCGAACUGGACGCUGAGGAAGUGGAACUCAAAAAGAAGUGUGCCGACUUAACACGGGCUCUUGCUGAACAGCUGAAGUUUUUGGAGCAUAAGAAGGGAAAAUUAGCCGCAAUCGAAGGCAAACUCGAAUCUCUCUGCCUCUGCUACGUGAAAUGUCUCGAUCGUCUGCCGGAAUCGCUUCAAUCAACAGAAGACGAAGAAGAUGAUGAUUUUGCGUUGCAGGAAGCUUCGCAAGUUGAGCAUGAUUUCUUCAAAAAAUUAAAGAAGCGUAAAGUCGGGAAAGUGCUUAACACCAAUGGUUUACUUGAAUAUUUAACAAAGCUCGAGCGUUAUGACCGUGAAGUAGAAGCUUUGUCCGAAAUUUCAACGAAACGUGACAAGCAUCGUCAGUUCUGUGAACAGUUGAAGAAGCAACGGAUGAACGAAUUCAUGGAAGGCUUCACCCGUAUUGGCGUAGCUUUAAAAGAAAUGUACCAAAUGAUAACACUCGGCGGUGAUGCUAGCCUCGAUCUUGUCGAUUCGCUUGAUCCUUUCAGUGAAGGCGUCUCAUUUGGAGUGAGGCCACCAAAGAAAUCAUGGAAGCAAAUCACGAAUUUGUCAGGAGGCGAAAAAACGCUCUCAUCGUUGGCUCUGGUUUUUGCGCUCCAUCACUAUCGGCCAACUCCGCUGUAUGUAAUGGACGAAAUUGAUGCUGCCCUUGACUUCAGGAAUGUCUCAAUUAUUGGUCAUUACAUCAAGGAUCGUACCAAAAAUGCGCAAUUUAUAGUAAUAUCUCUACGAAAUAAUAUGUUCGAGCUGGCCGAUCGCCUUGUUGGUAUAUAUAAGACUUUUGACUGCACGAAAUCCGUAGCCAUCGACCCCGUUCUUGCUGACAGUAUCAUCAAACCGUUUCUGUUGCUGGAGGAGAUGAAAAAUCGUAAAGGAAGAGAUGGUAGCAAGACGACAGCAGCCGACAAAAAGCCAUUUAACCAGUUGCAGAAUAAGGGAAGUUCCGGUGAUGACAGUCCAUUCAUGCAAAUGCUGAAGAAAAAGCCAGCUCCGAAACCUACCUCAUUGACCAUUGGUGACACAGAAGGAAAUCAACUGUCAGUCGACCAAGACAGUGAAUGUGGUGUAGCGUUAGAAAAAAGGAAACGUGCAGGCAGUUCGGCAAGGAUUACUCAGGGAAGUGAGACGAUCGAUUCAUACGAAACGCCUUCGCCCAUUGACUCUCCACCUUCCAAAAAGAAAUCUCAAAGUUCCGAACUACCUGCAUGGGAUGUACCGCAAGCAAUUACAGUACGUCCUGCACGAUGUAGCACAACCGAGGUAAUGUGA